CAUAUUGACACUUAGCCAUGCUUGCAUUGUCAAAUUGUCAUUAGCCAUUGGGCCAUUGCCAUUCAUCAAAAUGAUUUGAAGAAGGAACGUGUCAUUUAUAUAUAAUAGUUUAUAACAAUUAACUGCCACUAACAUUUAACAAUGAAACCUACUAACAAAGAAAAGCUGGCUUUAAAUCCUGAAUCAGAAAAGCCGCGAAAUCAUAUUUUAUGUAUAGAUAUAACAAAUUUUAGUAACACCGCACAGUUUUUGCUUUGUACAGUGGCAGUUUUUUUAUUUUUCCUACUUUACGGCUAUGUACAGGAGUUAAUAUUCACUAUAGAUGGUUUUCAACCCUACGGAUGGUUCCUAACCUUGGUGCAGUUUGGAUUUUACACUAUAUUUGGAUAUGUGGAAACAAAAUGCAGAGGGAUCUCUUCCAGAAGAAUACCGAUAAGUACAUAUUUCCUCCUUGCCAUCUUAACUUUGGGUACCAUGGGCUUCUCAAAUGCUUCCCUUGGAUACCUGAACUUCCCAACACAAAUAAUAUUCAAGUGCUGCAAAUUGAUACCAGUCUUAGUUGGUGGUAUCCUGAUUCAAGGCAAACGGUAUGGACCAUUGGAUUUUCUUGCUGCAGUUUUAAUGUGUGUUGGAUUAACAUUGUUUACAUUGGCUGACUCCCAGGUCCAGCCAAAUUUUAACACUAAAGGUAUAACAAUGAUAUCAAUGGCACUACUGUGUGAUGCUGUUAUAGGAAAUGUACAAGAAAAAUCGAUGAAGAAUUAUGGUGCUACAAAUGCCGAAGUCGUUUUAUACUCAUACGCAAUUGGUUUUAUGUACCUGUUUGUGAUAAUGUUGGUGGAUGGCGGUUUAACCGAUGGCAUCGAAUUCUUUUCAAAGAAUCCAAAGAAAACUUAUGGAUAUGCCUUCAUAUUUUCUGUAACAGGUUAUUUAGGCAUUCAAAUUGUGUUGACGCUGGUCAGAAGUGCUGGAGCUCUUGCCACAGUGACAGUCACAACGUGUCGCAAGGCUGUUACGAUUAUCAUAUCGUUUAUGUUUUUCAGCAAACCGUUUACAUUCCAAUAUCUCUGGAGUGGCCUGAUAGUAGUCUUAGGUAUAUAUCUGAAUUUAUUCAGUAAAAAAUAUCCAUUUUCCAUGACAGACUUUGAAAUUAAGGUAGAACAAUUUAUUAGAUACAUAAGAUCAAAGUAUAUUGCUAGUCAGUAUCGAAGUGGUUACUACUUGACAGAAAUAUAAUGACCCACAGAGUGGCACAUCUACAGUGGUAGUGACAACGUUCGCUUGUGAUUGGUAGAUGUUAGGUCAUCUGUUUAGGUGUCAUAAUGGCAUACCACGAGUAUUUCCGCUAUGAAGUGUCUGCUGAAUGCGAAUAAUUGUCGCGUUCAUCAGAACAGUGACAUUACUGCAUCUACCCGUACAUCUCAAUGGUUUUGAUUAAAUGUGUUUUAAGAAAACAAACAAAUUUCCAUUAAGAUAAUAGGUGCAAUACUCUGGUGGAACGAAUAUUCGUUAGAUGUCAGCACACUUUCAAAAUCGUAAUAAAAGCAUUGUACACGCCCAGAUCUACAUGGCGUGUUUAGACGUACCCUUGGAUGUUGCCUGUGCUUCUAGUUGGUAUCCUUAUCGCAGACAGAGAUUGUUUAUGCUUGCUAACAGACAUUUUUUUGUGCUUUGCCCCACGCGUGCAUUUACGCUUUUUGGUAAUGGAUGACGACAUUUAGACAAUUCAUAUUUACUAACCACAAACGUAUAACAAAUGGCUUAACAAUAACAACAAACAUAUAAAGAGUGACUUGACAACAACAAGCAACAAAACAAAUAGAAAACCGAUAGACACACAGAUUAUUCACGACCAACCACAAAACAUAUACACGGACUUCCAACAGUAGCGAACACAAUGCAGCUUGGACUGUAACGUGGCAUAGCGGUGAAGAGACAUGCACGUCGACCUCUGAUUAUGGCCACUCAUCCUCCGCUAUAGGCGUUGGCCAGCGGGAGGUCCGAAAUGUGGGAUGUUGUCGGAUAAUUUCGGAGCUGUACUAUUAUUUGUUGACAAGUUACGAUUGCAUAAAAAAUGGAUAAAAAUGUGUUUUUUGGGGGAACAUUUUGUUAAUAUUGCUUAUCAAUUAUUCUAUACACACCAUGAAGGAACUGGAUUAAACCGAUUAAAAAUACUACUUCAAACAGGCUGCUGGCCAAAUGGGCGUACGACCUUGAACAUUUUUUCUGAUAAAGCUUAAUGCCUGAGUAGAUUUAGCUAGUGUUUGUGCACUUCUCUUAUUUGAAAGAUAUGGUAUUGAAUUGCCUUGAGAUGUAUGCGUAAACGUAGGGUAUGUUCUGAUGAACGCGACCAAUCCACACAGUGAAAGUUCGAUUUACUUUAUAUAUGAAACAUUAAUGGAAUUGAAAGAUUUUACAAUUGAAAUUUACUUAACAUAUGUGCUUACGUUUACAGCAUUUGGAAAAUACACGACUAUUACAUCAUUUUUUGAGUAAAUUUGAUACUUUUCGCAAUCACAAAUACCGCAUGCAUAAACGUUAACUCCGAUAAAUGUUAAAUAAAUAAUAAUAAUCAGUUAAAAUCUGAGUUUGUUAAUUACCUACAAAAUAAUUUCGAGAGUAGUUCUUCCACUGUGUAUGCUUGUGUUUGUAUGUUUGUGAUAUAAUUUAUUUGCCAUAUCUGCAGUAUUUGGAUAGAAUUGAACAAAACUUUUAGAUCAAAAAAGAAAAUAAUACGCAAUUUUAUAUUUUUAAUUUGCGACAAUGUUUAUUAUCUCACGGAUUUUUAUCACCAAAUACUUAUUAAUGUGCUAUAAUAGUGUAAUGCAUUUUUAUAUAAUUGUUAUAUAAUGAACUGGAGAGCAUAACUAUAGCGCCACCAUCAACUUUCGGGUUUCUUUCGUUCGGUUAAAUUGUAACUUAAUACAAAUUGUAAGGGAUGAUAAAAGAAACAAAAAUAAUAAAUAUGGAGCAUAUUGUAAUUGAUGUAAUACAAAUGCAUCCCGGCAAGUUAUAUAAAGUUACAUUUAAAUCAACUAAGGAAAAAGCGAAAAUUCUUCGUGGGGCUAUACCUACAGGUAUGCUCCCCAGGAAAUUAUAUUUUGUUUGAUUCUCCAAAAUUUAUCGAAAAAAUCGUGGGAUUGUAAUUUAUUAUUUUGCUUAAGAGCAAGAAAAUACGCAAGACAAUAAAUAGUUGACAUACCCCGUUUUGUUUAUAUUUUCAUCAUUGUACUAUGAACAAGUAUUAGGGGCGUACUGCAGGUCUGCGGUAUAGGACCCUCAUCAGCUAUUUUUUGUGCACUACCUUCCAACCCCACUCUUCUACUAUUACAAGUAGGACAUUUCAGGCAUCUGACUUUUACUACUUCCGUUCGAGUAUGCCAAAUAAACUUGCGUAACUAUUUUUACCAGACAAUAUAUACGCUUUAAUCCUACUCGAUGCGAAAACCUGGCCAAAAUUGAAAACAAAGUAAUAAAAAUGGUAUAAAGUCAUUAACUAUUUUAAGUUAGUAGCUUAGAAUCAAGACUUUGAUUACACUACUUUUACCUUGGCUGACUAUUAAACCUGAAGUUUUUAGAGUAUCAUUCGACAUUACUUUUUAACGUGAAUAUGGAUCAUGAGAGUGCUAACCUUCAUUUGAUGUGACAGAAAUCUAUCAUUUUUGCUGUUUCACUGUGGCACAUUGUAAAAUGAACGAUUAGUUAUUUUCAGCUCCACUUCUUUAUAUUAGUAUUAUUCAGAGAGGUUUUUAAUAAGGUUCCUUUGCCCCAAUUGUAAUAAAUUAUGUUCGUGAAUCUUGAAGUACUGCCAGAUAAAAUCCAGUGUUGUUUUCUUGCUAACUUUUUGCAACUUUUGAGAAAUAUAGCCUUAUAUUAUA